AUGUCUUUGCCUCAGAACUUUCCCGCCUCAGCCGCCGCAGGCAUAAGUGACAUCGAGUCCAACCCGAUCAACUCUGACCAGGCGUCCCUGAACCGUAUUCCCGGUCUUCACUUCGUCGUCGGCACAAACGGUCGCAUCAGGGCUCGCCCCGGCACUCCGCAGCUCAAGCUGCUCACACAGGCCUUUUGCAACGAGAAUCCCAUUCGUGACGCGUCGAAGCUGAUUGCGCACCGCGGCGUGGACAUCCUCGAGGCCUACUUCAAGGUCAUUGCUACCGCGGCCAAUGGUAGCAACGCCUUGGUCGCUGCCAACAACCACCUGGCCUGGGUCCCGGCUCUCCGUAUCCUCACCAGAGAGAAGCGCUGGAACGAGUACCCCGGAGUCACCAACCAGCAGGUCCAGUCCGUCAUGGACGCCUUUGGAGAUGCUCGCAAGCGCUUCGUCGAUGGUCAUCUUGCCAGUGACCCCGCCUGCAAGGCCCAGCCCAACAGAGAGCCUUUCAAGAGCUUCGUCGAUCUGCUUGACCGCUUCAACGUCGCUCGCGGCAUUCAGACUGCCCCUACCGCCAUUGUUGCGCAGGCAGGCCAUGGAACUAUUGCUGCCGCCUCGGCUGCUCCGGUCGCCCCUGCUCAGUCCGCAACUACCAUCCCGUCUGCCUUCCAGACAUCGGCAAAUCAUCUCCAGUCUACUGCAGACAAGAUGAUCCGGGAUGCUUUCAGUGCACUCCAGAUUAGCGACCAGCAGAAUGAUCAGAUCAGCAACGGUCUCCAGACCUCGGCGGCCCAGCUCCAGGCUGCGACGACCAAGACAAUCCAGGACGCUAUCGAUGCUUUCAAUGUCAAGGAUAAGGUCAUCGAGACCAUUACUCAGCAGAACGACCAGGCCAACAAAGCUGCUCAGAUGGCCCAGGCCGAGAUCACGGCCCUCAGAGCCAAGUAUGAGAAGCUCAUGGAGAAGAAUGCCGAGGCAACGGCCACCGCCGUGGUCGCCUCUUUGACCGAUACCAUUACUGGCGCUGUGACUCAUGCUAUGGCUGAGACUGAGGCUGCCGAGCAGCGCGGUAGCAUCUGUGGCCAAGAGAUGCUGUUCGCCCACAUCGUCGAUGACCUCAAUGAGCUCGAGGCUCUUCGAGGCGGCGAGGAUGUGGAGUGGGCUGCCGAUGACCUUGACGACUAUAAAGACAAGCACAACAUCCCAGACUUCUGA